AUGGAUCUCUCUAAUGCAUUCCGUUUGGUCAACUUGGGGGUGGGUGUUAUUAUGAUCUUGGGCGGAAUCAGUCAAUUCUUCUCCUUAUCAUUCCGAAAUAUCAUCAUCGGCGUCUAUGUCAUCCUCUUCGGUUUAGCUACUGCUGGUAUGGAACUGAUACCAAAUGUUCCACCAUACUUGACCAGACAUGCCUCGUUCAUGUUCUCCUUCAUCGGACGAGGAAUUUUUUACGUGUUUGUCGGCUGUAUCAUCCUCGAGCACAGUGUGUUGCGCAUCAUUGCUGGAUCGCUUAUCGGAGUCGUUGGACUGGGCUACUGUGUGCUCGAGUACAUCCCAUCGAUAGAGCCACCUGCCAACAUGCGAGAGGAUGCCGGCGACCCAGGCUGGGGCGCUGAGCAGGUCUAA